CGCGGUUGUGUAUUGUGUUUUUGUGAGUGUGUCUCACAAUAUUGUUUGUUGCUAGGUGAAGUGAUCCAACAUUCGGUGUGAAUGCUUGCCAUGUAAACUUUGAAAGUGUACACGGCUUGCAACGUAGAUGUCAGAAUCCCAAACAGAAAACGUAACAAGUAUUAAAUUAGCUUUGGAUAAGACGUUCUCUGCGUUCGUGCCGUGUUGAAAGUUCGCAGCUAUCUUGCUCACUCUUGUGCACCGUUGAUUCGUGACGCGUAUUUCUACUACUGUAUUGCACAUCUGCGCCGGCGCUAGAGUUCCAUGCGAGUUAACACUUGUGGCUGAGAGGCGCGCGUCGCGAAUGCAUUUGAUGAAUUCAAAGACGGGCAAUAAACAAUCAGCAGUAUUUAUGAAUUACAAAACAUAGGUUAUACAACAACGAAAAGCAGCUAAAGUAUACAGAUAAUUAAGCAGAGUAACCCCAAAAAAAACAAACAAGAGCUGCAAAGGAAACCAUAACGAGCAGACAAGCCUGGAACCAAAACCAUAUCAAAGCAAAGCAAAGCAGAACUAACAAUUAACUUGGCUAAGCCUGCUAUCUACCUGCCAAUUGUUCGUUGUGAUAGUAACCAGAAAACUCGCACUGCGUAACCACAAGGACCAAAGAGGCAACAACAACAACAACAGCAACGAGAGCCACAAGAACAUACAAUAGAGACAAAGUGUAUCAAUUAUAAUACGGGUGCAAGCUGAGCAGUCCGAGCUGACCAAAGAGGCAGUCAUGUUGGCGACAACAACAUCAACAGCAGCAGCAACAACGGCAUCAACAACAACAACAACAACAACAAGGAGACAAUCUACAACCACAAUUACCUCAGAUCCGGGCAUUCUGUGUUUUCAUCACUGCAACGUAAAAGUUUUCUGCUUCGUUCUGCCCCUCAGCUGUCCCCAUUGCAAUGCGCAACUGGAUGCGGAUGCGGAUACGAAUGCGAAUGAGGAGGGCUCUGCAAAUGCUGUAGCAAACGCAUCUGGUGUUGGCUCCAUGACCAUUUCAAGACUACUGCCCUUUCGCUUGCCGUAUCCCUUUGUCCGGGCCACACAGCAUCCAUGUGCAAUCGUUCUGCGUCCCUCCACCGGCGACUUUCUCAACGAUUACAGCAACGCCACAGAUUUACAUAUCGCGGUGACCACAUCCGGCGGCGACAUUGUCGAAUUCGAUAGGGAUGGACUGCGGCGGCAUCGGCGCGAAGAUAAUCCCCGCGACUGGUGCCAAUCGUUGCUGGUGGGGGAUGUGCCAGAGCCCUGGCAUUACUACUGGGACGAGGUGCUCGAACAGAUUUGUGGCGAUUCAGCGCGCUGGUCCAUAGCCCGCUACGAGGAGAGCAGCCACAAUUGCUACACCUUUGUGCUGGCCUUCCUGCAGGCCCUGAGCUACGCCCAGCUCAGCGAUGCGGCCCGCACCAAGACCAGCUUCUGUGAGAAGUACAUUGUGCCCCGAACGACAACGGCUGGCAAAUACAUCUCGCUCUAUCGCCGACUCCGCCUAGCGGGCGUUCACGUGCAGCGCCAUCAGCCCAAGCAACGGCUCUCCAAAUCAGAUGUCGCUGCUGGCAAGGAUCUCAAAGUGGCCCACACAAAGGCCAAAACCAAUGGCUAUAUCUGCAGCAAUACGUACCCAGCUCGCUCGCAUCCACGCCAAACCCUCUGCACCAUUGAAGAGUAGCCGCAGAUCCGAACUAAUCGAAGUUGCACUUUGCUUACCAUUCCUUUAAUUAAUUUAGUAAAAUUAGCUAUACUUUAAGG